AUCGUUGUUUCUGCCCAUGAGUAGAUAUAGAGAGCGCUUUUCUUAUGAGUUCCUCUCCCUCGUCCAUCUCUCUCAUAGACGACCCAUCCGUACAAUGGCCUAUACCUAUCGGCACACCAUAUAUGGAGCGCCUCGUAGAUCUCAUCUGUACUGCUCUCCAAUCGAUCACGCCUCGUCAACCACUGACCCAGGUUGAACGUCUAGCCGUGCGCAUAAAGAUCGAACGAGACCGAUCCACUAGAUGGCGUGACAAAGAGACCAUUGCAGCCAUCUGUCAGGUGCCAUUGCACCAUGGAAUACAGGCGAAACUCAAACAGGCCUUCCAACAUCGUCGUCGCCGUCGUGGCUCUUCCUCAUCAUCCGCAUCGACCGACUCUAGUUCUGCUGCCCCAGAGCCUCAACCUUCCCCUACCGCCCCAGCUUCCCAUGAAACGGCCCCUAUCGCUAUCGAGCUAUUGGACGACCCGUUCAAGGUGUUUGAUGUCGCUGUCUCUCAAGAUCGCAUCCCUUUGCAGACUGCUCUCUCCUUGCCCCUUCACACCGCAUACGACUUCGAUAACCUCUUCGGAGCUACCAUCCCAUCUUCGUCCACCGACCUGACUCAACCCUCCUACUCGACCAUACAUCAAUCAUUGCCCAUACACUCAAGUCUCGGCCCUUCGACCACUGAUACCUCCAACUCGUCAAUCACCGGCUUGGACAGCUUUUGGACAGCCGUAUUUGAGCAGCCAAUGCAGGAUCCCAAUGAACAGCCGGCCGAUCACUUAGUGGACCAUGGCUCGUCCACCAUUGAUGAGCAAGCCUUUACAAGAUCUGGACGGGGAUCGGAUGCAGUAGCCUCUAACUCUCAAUUGCAAGACCUGCUGUCCAGCUGGAACGCACAUCAGCAAUCCACCUCGCUAUCAGACGACCAUACCAUGAGGUCGAUCCACCACAAUACCCCUCAUUCUCCAUCUGCACUUCGCACUAGCCUUCAGAUCGCCGCUGUCCAUCCCGCCGAUAUCAUGACCCCUCCUGUACAAGUCGCUCCUCGACUCGAUCCUCCACCCAUACCAACGAGUAGCUUUGAGCGUGGCACAGGUGCUAUUGAUGCCACACCAGGCGCUUGGGAACCAGGUCAUCGGACAGACGAGGAAGAGGACGAGCCGCCCAAGAAGCGUGGGCGCCCUGUGGGAUGGAGGAAAGAUCGAGGUGGUGAAGACCCACGCGAUAUCAAGCGCAAGACUGCCAGGGACUAUCGGACACACAUUCAGGCCAGCACUGAACCGCUCGCAUCUCUCAUCCUUGCAUUCGCUCGAGCCCGUUCCACUCUCCAGCUUGACGCUUCGGUGCCUGCCCAAGCGGAGCUCUUGAGUCAGAUUGACGAGUGUCGAGCGUAUUACGCGACACGUGAGUUCUUUCAUAAUCCAAAGUGCCCGCUCAACGCUACGGUAGGCUGGCCAAAAGGCGUGACUAAGGAAGCAUCACCGGACGUUCGAUCGAUGUCGACGGUGCGCGGUCUAGAAAAGGUGUACAAGUCUUUGUGUGAUGGCUGUGGGGGCCCAUUGGAAAGAUCAAAGCCUCCUCAUUCGGACGAGGCACUAUCGACGCCUGAGGGUUCAUCUCUCUAGCAUAGGUGCUCCUCACCCUCAGAACGACGGGUCUUCCGGGGGCGAGCCAGCUCUUGGAUCAGCCUAUGUUCAGUAUGGGGGCAGGGUUCAGAUUCUCGAUCUGGAGAGGUUCAGACUUUGAGAUU